UAAUAAAUGGAAUGUUAGUAAAAUUAAAAGUGCAGGUUUAUCAAAAAAUUUAAAUAGUGAACAUCCAUUUUUUCUGGAUCUUCAUAGAACAUAUGCUGAUUAUUUAAAUUCUAAAACAGCAUUAAUAAACAAGAAGUUAGAAUUUUAUAAUUCAAUAUCAUAUUCUAUUCUUGAAGAAAAUCAGGAUCCUAUUCAAAUAAAACUUAAAGUUGGCGAUUUUGUGGAACUACUUGAAGAGACUGAAGGCAUUGCAUAUGCUAAAAUUGAGUUUAUUUUUCGGCAUCAAGCAAAUAAUGAUCAAUAUCAUGCAUUUUUUUUAUUUAAUUGGUUUCAAGCAACGAACAAUCUUGAUCCUAUAUUAGGAUGUCCACUCUAUAAUAUCCAGAAACCUGAAGACUCACGUUGGUUACGGAUUUUUCCAAUUAAUUUUGUCGAUCAUACUCCAUGUGUGCAUUUUAUACAUAAUUGCACAAAUACAUGUAUGACUAAACAUGAUGAAACUAAUCAAAGUUAUAUUUUAAAUAAAUUUUAUUAUAAUGUAGUAUGA